UUAACGCCCAUGCCCAACCCUGCAUAUUAUUGUUAAUUUUUGUUAAAUUACACAGAUGGUCUAGUUGAAAGUACGACAUUUUUCCACGCGUUUACAUAUUCAGCAAGUAUUUCGAGAAUAAAAUGAACAAUAUUGAUAAAUAUAAUGUGAAAAGAGGUUUUUGUACGGAGUGUAAUGAGUGUCCAGAGUUCGAGAGGAAUCAGGAUUCAACUAAAAACGUUUGUGGAUAUUGUGGGUGCUAUCCUACAAAACACCGAAAAUUGUCAGUAGAUUCAAUUCAUGAUGAUUCUAAUUCAGAUGUUUCACAAAAUACUUCUGGUGAAAAUGAAAAUUCAUUGCAAUUAUCCGAGGAUUCAUCGGAUGUGGUCGAUAGAAGUGUGUUGCAAGAAUCUGGAAGCGAAGAAAUAGAAAUAAACGAAACGACUGAUCUAAGCACGUUAAUACCGGAAUUUCCCACAGAAAUACAGGAACUGAUCGAUGAAGACAAGAAACUGUUAGCUUCUCAAAUAUCAGUAAUAAUUAGAUUAGUUACUGAAAAAUUGAUGGAAAAAAAUUUGGAUAUACCAGGAAUAAUUUUAGAAAUGUCAAUUUUGCUGACUGAUAAAUAUCCCUUGCAACUUGCGAGCGAGUAUGGCGAGAAAAACGUAAGUCCAAUUUUUUAUUUGAUUAAUAUAUUUUCAAAAGAAAUUUGUAAGCGUAUCAGUAUCAGUAUUUUAAAUAAACUGUAGUACUGCACAGUUUAUUUAAAAUACUGAUACUUGAUUGUUAAGAUAUGCCUUC